UAUGAAUAUGUCGAUGAUAUAGAGUUUUGAUACUGUGCAUUAAAUUAAUCUUUAUUUUUCAACAUUUUAUGACAAGGAUUAUUUAUAACUUUUAUCUGUAAUAAGCAUGCUUAGAGUAAUAUCAUAAGUUAAACAUGUUGGGAUCCUAGUUUAUCUGAUAGUUUUUAGCUUAAUCACAUUGGCUUUUAAUACAAAAUGUUUUCAAAAAGCAGAAUAUUUCUUUAGCUUGUGCUUAGAUGCAUGGUGUUACAUUAAUAUUGAUAUUUGAAGGUUGUAACAUAAGUCCAAAAUCAAAUUAGGAAAAUGUCCAUUUUAGCAGCCCGGAGUUUUCUGCUAACCGUGAAACUAUUUGUCAGGAAAAAUACCAGCUUUCCAUAUGCAUCUUUUCAGCUACGAAACAUUCAGAAGUUCCUUAGGACACAUAAAGGCUCAUCAUUAACUGUUGUGUCAAAACUCACAUUGGUGUGCUGGAGUGUAAGUAAGCUAGCAUUGUCAUCUAUUCAUUGUCAGGAAGCUGUCACAAGCUCUGAUUUGAAACUUUCCAGAGAGGUUUCUCAAAAGACGUCAGUCUUCAGUGUUCAAGUACACAAACUACGUUUUUUUCUUCACUUGGGUGUACGGUCCUUUUUCCUGUGUCUAAAAUUCACCCCACUCAUUUUAUUAUACCCCUUCACUCUGUUGUCAUCUAAAAUUUCCUCUCUCUGGCUUGACCUUCUUUUGUGGACGAUGGAGUCAUGUGGACCCACAUUUGUUAAGUUGGCCCAGUGGGCGAGCACACGGCCAGACCUGUUCUCAAGGGAAUUUUGCAGCAAGUUUUCUCGUUUGCAUGUGCAUGUUAAGCCACAUUCCUGGGUUUACACCACACUCUGUUUAAAGAAAGCCUUUGGAGAUGACUGGAAUAAAGUCUUCAAAUUUGAAAGCAAGCAACCUGUGGGCUCAGGCUGUGUGGCGCAAGUUUAUAAGGCUCAUGCCCAUGUGGAUUAUAUCAAAGAUCCUGAAUUCCAUCAUUUGGCGAACAGUUUGGAAAAAGACGACCUGUAUGAAGCCUGGGAGAUUCCUGGACUUCAUGGUAUUCUCAAUCUAUUUGGAGGGAAGAGCGACAACAAGCAAAGCCAUAGAGGUGAAUUGCAGCUUCCAGAUUUGUCUUCAAAUAAACACCUUAUUCCAGUAGCUGUUAAGGUCCUCCAUCCAGGGAUUACACAUGAGGUUCAGAUUGAUCUUUUGCUUAUGAAGGCUGGAAGCUGGUUGGUCAGCUGUCUGCCAGGUCUGAAAUGGCUUAGUUUGCCUGAAGUUGUGGUUGAGUUUGAAAAGCUCAUGGUUAGGCAGAUUGAUUUGAGAUAUGAAGCCAGAAACAUGGAAAGAUUUAGUGAAAACUUCAACAACGUUGAGUUUGUGAAGUUUCCUACACCUCUUCGACCAUUUGUAACAAAGAACAUUUUGGUGGAAACAUUUGAGGAAAGUGAGCCCAUAUUCAAAUAUCUGUCUCAAGAUACACCGACAGAGCUGAAGAAGAAGAUUGCAAGGAUGGGCAUAGACACACUUCUAAAGAUGGUUUUUGUUGAUAAUUUUGUACAUGGAGACCUUCACCCAGGAAAUAUUUUGGUGCAAUGGGGUAAACAAAAUACACCACAUGGCACAAUGACUCUGCUUGACAUGUGUGAUACUCUGAUUGUUAACAUGCGACCAUCUCCUGCAGAGGUGCAUCUUGUCCUGCUAGAUGCCGGAAUUGUGUCAGAGCUCAGUGGAACGGACCUUAAAAAUCUUCAUGCUGUUUUCUCUGCCGUUGUCUUCGGUCAGGGUGAUAAAGUUGCAGAACUAAUUCUUCAUCAUGCCCGUGCUUCAGAGUGCAGUACUGUUGAAAAAUUUAAGCUGGAAAUGGCAGAGUUGGUGAAUGAAGCAAGAAAAAACACUGUAACCCUGGAAAAGCUUCAUGUUGCUGAUUUGCUGUCUCGAGUCUUCAAACUUCUCAUCACCCACAAGGUUAAAUUGGAGAGUAAUUUUGCUUCGAUCGUUUUUGCCAUCAUGGUUUUGGAAGGAGUUGGGAGGUCCCUGGAUCCUAACCUGGAUAUCCUGGAAAUGGCAAAGCCAUUUCUCCUUAAGAACUGUGCAUCUCUUGUGUGACCGUCACUUUUACCCUCCAUGGCAAGAAAGCAAUCCAGUUUGAACCUUUCAAGCAGAAUGUAAAUAUAAUAAUACAGAUAGAUUGUUUACAUGUUUGGUGAGCGACUGUUUCCAACUAAGGCCUACCAAUAAUAUUGAAGUAAAUGUAAAAAAAAAAAAGAAUAUUUUUCUUAAGUCUUUUAAAACAAAGUUU